AUAAUAAUAAUAAUAAUAAUAAUAAUUAUUAUUAUUAUUAUUAUUGGGUGCCGUGCCAAAAGAUCUCAGCAGGCAUUUGGAAACAAUAGACAUUGACAAAAUCACGAUCUGCCAACUGUAAAAGGCACUGGAAUCUGCAUGCAUCAUCCAAAAAUACAUCACACAGUCCUAGACACUUGGGAAGUGUUCGACUUGUGAUUUUGUGAUACGAAAUCCAGCAUGUCUAUCUUGUUUGCUGUGUCAUAAUAAAAUAAUAAUAAAACAUACUUAUACACAUGAAGGUAUAUAUUGGGUGAGUAGAGACCACCAUUGACUGUGGCUUUUGCAAGCCUAUCUUUCCAGUGGAGUGGAUGCCUCAUUCUAAUGUUAUGGGAUGAUCGGUCAAUCUCCCCAUCUUCACUUGUAGCAUGGCUUACUAUGAUGGGAAAUAGUAAUACCUGAAAAACGGCCUAUUCCUUUUAAUCAAGGUUUAAAAAAAAAUCUUUGAUAUUCCUCUUAAUUUAUGUCUUCCAUCAGAAAUAGCAAUCAUGUGUGAGGGAGCAUGCACUCUUGUUAGUAGAACAAAAUUUGUGGAAUAUCCCUCUCAAGGACUUUUGCCACACAUUAACAGUUCAGGUGCUAAACAAUGAAAUCUUUAUUUGGCCAAAUAUUUUAAUGGAAUGUAUUGAUCUAAUUGAGCAAGAUUAUUAUUGUUAUUGUGGGAGUCAGUGAACUGAAAUGGACUGGAAUGGGCCACUUCACAACAGAUGACCACCAGAUGUACUACUGUGGACAAGAGGAACACCGAAGAAAUGGAGUAGCCUUCAUAAUUAAUAAUAAAGUUGCUAAAGCAGUGCUUGGAUACAACCCAAAAAAUGAGAGAAUAAUCUCAAUUCGAGUUCAAGGAAAGCCAUUUAACAUCACAGUGAUCCAAAUAUAUGCCCCAACCACAGCUGUUAAAAAAGCAGAAGUAGAUCAGUUCUAUGAGGAUCUGCAGCACCUACUGGAUAAUACACCAAAAAGAGACAUUAUUUUCAUUACAGGAGAUUGGAAUGCUAAGGUGGGCAGUCAAAUGAAAACCGGGAUCACAGGCAAGCAUGGUUUGGGACAGCAAAAUGAAGUGGGACAUAGGCUGAUAGAAUUUUGCCAGGAGAACUCACUGUGCAUAACAAACACUCUCUUCCAACAACCUAAAAGACAGCUUUAUACACGGACUUCACCAGAUGGUCAACACCGAAAUCAGAUUGACUACAUCUUUUGCAGCCAAAGGUGGCGGACAUCCAUCCAGUCGGUGAAAACAAGACCUGGAGCUGACUGUAGUUCAGAUCAUGAACUUCUUAUAGCACAAUUUAGAAUCAGACUAAAGAGAUUGGGGAAAAUACACAGACCAGUUAGAUAUGAUCUCACAAAUAUUCCUAGUGAAUAUGCAGUGGAGGUGAAGAAUAGAUUUCAGGGACUAGAUUUAAUAAAUAGAGUCCCAGAAGAACUGUGGACAGAAGUUCACAACAUUGUUCAGGAGGCAGCAACAAAGCAUGUCCCAAAGAAAAAGAAAACCAAGAAGGCAAGAUGGUUGUCUGCUGAGAAAGAAGGAAGGCGAAAGGAAACAGCGAUAGGGGGAGAUAUGCCCAAUUAAAGGCACAAUUCCAGAGAUUAGCCAGAAGAGACAAGGAACUAUUUUUAAACAAGCAGUACAUGGAAGUGGAAGAAGACAAUAGAAUAGGAAGGAUAAGAGACCUCUUCCAGAAAAUUAGAAACAUCAGAGGUAAAUUUCAGGCAAAAAUGGGCAUGAUCAAAAACAGACAUGGCAAGGACCUAACAGAAGCUGAAGUGAUCAAGAAAAGAAGAUUUGUAUAGGAAGGAUAAUAAUAUAGAGGAUAGCUUUGACAAUGUGGUGAGUGAAUUAGAACCAGUCAUCCUGAGGAGUGAGGUUGAAUGGGUCUUAGAAGCAUUGCUAAUAACAAGGCAGCAGGAGAUGACGGGAUCCCAGCUGAGUUGUUUAAAAUCUUGAAAGGUGAUACUGUCAAGGUGAUGCGUGCCAUAUGCCAGCAAAUAUGGAAAACACAAGAAUGGCCAUCAGACUGGAAAAAUCAAUUUAUAUGCCCAUACAAAAAAGAAAGGGGGGGCUGGUGGCACAGUGUGUUAAAGCACUGAGCUGCUGAACUUGUGGACCAAAAGGUCCCAGGUUCAAAUCCCAGGAGCGGAAUGAGCACCUGCUGUUAGCCCCAGCUCCUGCCAACCUAGCAGUUCGAAAACAUGCAAAUGUGAGUAGAUCAAUAGGUACUGCUCCGGCGGGAAGGUGAUGGCACUCCAUGCAGUCAUGCCGGCCACAUGACCUUGGAGGUAUCUAUGGACAACGCCGGCUCUUCGGCUUGGAAAUGGAGAUGAGCACCAACCUCCAGAGUCGAACACGACUGGACUUAACGUCGGGGAAACCUUUACCUUUACCUACCAAAAAAGGGAAACUCUAAAGAAUGCUCAAACUUUCGUACAGUGGCACUUAUUUCACAUGCCAGUAAGGUAAUGCUCAAGAUCCUUCAAGGUAGACUCCAGCAAUACAUGGAGCGAGAGUUGCCAGAUGUAUAAGCUGGGUUUAGAAAAGGCAGAGGAACAAAAGACCAAAUUGCCAAUAUCCACUGGAUAAUGGAGGAAGCUAGGGAGUUUCAGAAAAACAUCUAUUUCUGCUUUAUUUACUAUUCUAAAGCCUUUGUGUGGAUCAUAAUAAAUUGUGGCAAGUUCUUGGUGGUAUGGGAAUGCCAAGUCAACCUUGUCUGUCUCCUGAGGAAUCUGUAUAACGAUCAAGUCGCAACAGUAAGAACAGGCCACGGAACAAUAGACUGGUUCAAGAUUAUUCAACUUGUACGCAGAACACAUCAAGCUAAGUGCAGGGCUUGACAAAUCCAAGGCUGCAGUUAAAAUUGCUGGAAGAAACACAAACAACCACAGAUAUACAGAUGAUACCACUCUGAUGGCUGAAAGUGAGGAGGAGCUGAAGAGCCUUAUCACCAAGGUGAAAGAAGAAAGUGCAAAAGCAGGGUUGCAGUUAAACAUCAAGAAAACCAAGAUUAUGGUAACCAGACUAAUUAAUAACUGGCAAUUAGAGGGAGAAAACAUGGAGGCAGUGACAGACUUCAUAUUUCUAGGAGUGAAGAUCACUGCAGAUGCAGACUGCAGCCAGGAAAUCAGAAGACGUUUACUUCUUGGGAGGAGAGCAAUGGCCAACCUCGAUAAAAUAGUGAAGAGCAGAGACAUCACACUGGCAACGAAGGUCCGCAUAGUGAAAGCAGUGGUAUUCCCCAUAGUAACCUAUGGAUGCGAGAGCUGGACCAUAAGGAAGGCUGAGCGAAGGAAGAUAGAUGCUUUUGAACUGUGGUGUUGGAGGAAAAUUUUGAGAGUGCUUUGGACUGCAAGAAGAUCCAACCAGUCCAUACUCCAGGAAAUAAUGCCUGGCUGCUCACUGGAGGGAAGGAUAUUAGAGGCAGUACUUUGGCCACAUCAUGAGAAGACAGGAAAGUGUGGAAAAGAUCAUGAUGCUGGGGAAAAUGGAAGGAAAAAGGAAGAGAGGCCAACCAAGGGCAAGAUGGAUGGAUGGUAUCCUUGAACUGAUUAGCUUGACCUUGAAUGAACUGGGGGCGGCGACGGCUGAAAGCUUUGGUGUGGGCUGGUCCAUGAGAUCACAAAGAGUUGGAAGCAACUGAAUAAAUAAACAACAACAAAUUAUUGUUAUUGUUAUGUUUAUUUAUACCCCACUUUAUCUUUCCUGAAGGAGACUCAAAACAGCUUACAAUUAAAAGUAUGACCUCAAAAUAUACAAAUAUGUAAACAUUACAACAGAAUUAAACAUAACAAUAUUAUAAUACACAGUAAAAUCCAUUAAAACAUAUUCAAAGCUAAAGACCAUAGCAUUCCUUUCAUUUGCUUUUUGUUAUUUUUAUAUGCUAUACCUUGCCCUAAAAUCUGACUAUGUUGACAGGUAAUAUAAACCUUGUUCUAAGUAAGGGUGUUGAAUGCAUGCAUAGAUCAUGACAUAGACAGGACCACUGAGUAGAGCGCAGUUUCAAUUUUCUAUUGCUGUAACAAGGCUGGUAUAUCAAUGCAAUAAAACUACGACUACAUUUAAACAGAACAAAAGGCUAAGAAAGUUGACUUCUGAAUUAGUUGUGAGUGGCAUUGGUUUCUUGGCUCCUCAUGCUAAUAUGAGUUCUUAUACCAAAAAACUAUUUGCUUUCUGUUUCACCCAAGCCCAAAACCAUGGCUUGUUCCUCCCAAACAAAUUAGGAUUUGGAAAUCAAAAUUUGGAAUCAACCCAGGAUUUUGGGUCAGGCAAUAUGGGAAACAAACUACAGCGAGCCCUCCACAUCCACUGCACUUAGGGGCACAGGAUCCCCAUGAAAGUUUAAAAAACAUGGAUAAAGGAAUUGCUAUUUUUUACCUGAUCAUGGAAUACUUUCCAUGAUCUUCCAGCAGGACUCUAUGGUCAACUUCAGUUGGAAGCUGAAAGUAGAAUUGGAGAGGUGUAUUCUCUAGUAAUCUUUAGUUCCUCUAACACAGUGGUUCUCAGCUUGUGGGUCCCCAGAUGUUUUAACAGCUGGUAAACUGGCUGGGAUUUCUGGGAGUUGUUGGCCAAAACACCAGGGGACCCACAGGUUGAGAAUCACUGCUCUAGCAUGACUGUGGGAAUUUGACCAUACAGUUACACUGGAGGAUCUGGAGAUUCCCGGAGAGAACAUUUUAAAUCAAAUCCAUGAAUAAUCAUGUCCACUAAAGUGAAAACCCAAAUGUGGAAGGAUAACUGUUCUUUGAAAUCUUUAUUCUGCUGGUGUUAGUGGGUAAAGGCAAUUGGGAAUGAAUAGAAAACCAAGGAAGCCCAACUGAUCAUUCUGUGGAAAAUCAGCCUAUAUAUGAGACAGUCAUUGCUAAUGCUGAUUUUCCUUCUCUCCUUGGUGGUUGUGGUGGUGGGGGUGCUAGCAGUUUAGGAUAGCUUCAUUGAGGAAACAGGUGGACUGAGAGAGGUAUAAAGGAUUUUUAUAUGAAUCCUGUAAUAAGCUAUAACAGUGUUAGCAUAUUUAGAAAGUGCAGUCGGUAAAGGUGUGGGUAGUAUCUAAAUUCAAAGAAAUUAUUCAGGCCUGCAUGCAAACCCCACUAUUUAUCUUGAAAAGAAACUUCUCCUCUUUAGUGUGGAAAAGUUGAAGUUGUUUGCUGGUAUAGAAGAAAAACAUUCAUACAUUUUCAAGAUUGCUUCCAGUGGCUUUCAGCUAUUAUGGGCAUAACACUUCUGCUGACAAGGCAGGGAGUCAGACGGUUGAGAUCUCCCAGCUGGCUCCUGGAGAUUGAGAGACCUUUGAAAUAUGGCAUGGAGGAUUGCACUGUAUACUGGGUAGCGAUGGGCCUGAAAAUGAAAUGCUCUGCCUUGCACAGAUGUAACUAAUUUCUACUACUGCAAACCCACCAGUGAAUACCACAAUUCUCAGUGAUAUUCUCUGUAUUCAGAUCCAUUUCUUUUAAAAAGAUCUGUGCCUAAAAAUAGGAGGACUGCUCAUCUACUGACAAGACUGAAGGUAGAGAGUUGGAAAGGAAACAUGAAAAGGGGUAGGGGUGGUAUUUCUUGCAUCACUUCCAUAUUUUUGACCUAUAGAAAUUUUGGCAAAGUGUCCAUUUGGUAAAAUAUAGUAAUUAUUUCAAGGGAUUAGUCAAACCUGGGCAGCAAAUUCAGAAACCAUCCAAAUCUGAACUGUGUCUAAUAGCAGCAGUAAUGACAAGCCAAAAAACCCACUUCUUUGCAGGCUGUCAAGCCUUGUGUUCACAAAUAGGAAGUGAGUGCAAAAUGCAAGGGGGUGAGGUGGAGAAUGUGUAUCUACACAUGUUCUCAUGUAUUGCAUACUGAAGGGAAAUAAAGUGGUUAGGAUCAUGAUUGCCUAUCAGAUCUAUAAAAGUAACUUUAAACAUGAGUCAGUCAUAAAAGAAAUGAGAAUAUUCUCCAUUAUUCUACAGCAGCAAAAGAAUGUGCCUUUAUUAAGAAAAAGAUUAUUUUAAGCUAUUAUUUCAAGUAAUCUUAUAGUACACGUGACUGAGGUUUGGAUUCUGCUUCUGGUUAGGAUCCUGUACAUCUAUUUCAUUUUAGCUGAUAUAUAUCUGGUGUUACCUAGGUCCAUAAGUAUACUGCAAAAAAGCUACUGUCACAACAUUCCCCCUGUUCUUAUUUAAUUUCAGGAAUCUUACCUACAAUAUGUCAGAGAGCUUUCCUUCCUGCCAUUUCCUUUAUAUUUUUGGAAAGCAAUACUUUCCUAUUUUCUUGUUUUCCUCCUCAUCUUGAGAAUAAUAGCAAUAGUGCCUCAGUGACCCUUCUCUUGUAGCCCUUUAACAUUAUUUUCCAGUAUGUUAUGGUAGGUCCCCUUUCUACUUCUUGUUUGGGCUCUAAACUUGAAAGUGAAACAUGAAUGACAACCAAGUCAAAAUUGUCUGCUUUGUGUCCUGAUGCAUUUUGGCUGCCACAAACACACAUUUUCUUUGCUAUUACAGAUUAACUACUUUGUCCAGCAUACUUUCAUUUGUCCCACAUAGCCAAGUUUUAAAUAUGUUGAACUCUUGCUGCUUCUGAAACCAUAGAUGUCUAAAAGCUUCUAAUGCAGUGAUUCCCAAAGUGGGCGCUGCAGCAAUCCAGGGAGGUGGUGAUGGCCACAGAUGCAUUUGCCAUAUGCAUUAAUACACACAUCUUUCUGUUUAAUUGCUAUUAAAAUUAAAAAAAUAAUAAUUUCCAGGGGGCACUGAGUAAUAUUUUUUCUGGAAAGGGGGCGGUAGGCCAAAUAAGUUUGGGAACCACUGUUCUAAUGGCUUAUUUUCAUAUCUGAGAAUAGUUGGAGGAAAUGUGCAGAGAGUUUGCAGUGGAGAGACUUCAGAAUAGCAAAAGUUGAGAUUUAAAACUGUAACGAAUAUCAUCAGGAAAUGUGUUUGUUUGU